AUGGCUUCAUCAGCUCUCUGUCUCAAAUUAUUCUCUUCUUACACUCCCAUAACAUCCUCUUUAAACCCGACUACAGAAAAGAGCAGUAAUACUUCCUUAAACAACGACCAAACAACAACCCUUUCAUUUAUUUCCACAAGCAACAACAACAAAGAACUUGCUGUCUUGACAAACCCGAUUUCACAAUCAAAUGCCACCACCAAUGUUAAAGUGCCAACACCUCCAUGGGUGAAGGGUCCUCUCAUUCUGCAACCCCAUGAACUCCUUAACCUUACAAACCCCAAAAACAAGAAGCCAGGAAAGAAUGGCAAGAUUGAAAAGGCUGACAAGGCAUUGAUUGCUAAAGAAAGUGGGGUUAGAGGCAAUAAAGCGAUGAUAAAAAUUGUUAAAAGCGUUGAAAGAUUGCAGAAAGAUGAAAACUUGAAGGAGACCCAAGAAAAUUCUGUGAGUUUCGAGAUUGGAGAGAGUUUUAAACAGCUUGGAAAAGAAGGGGUUUUGGGUGUUUUUGGUGAUAGAAGGAUUGUUAUAAGUGUUGAAAAACUGCAAAAAGAUCAAUACUUGAAGGAAACUCAAGAGAAUUGUGGGGGUUUUGAGAUUGGAGAGAGCUUAAAACAGCUUAAUGGAGAGGGGGUUUUGGGGUUUGGCGGAAAGAAGCUGCCAUGGGAGAGAAAAGAGAGAGUUGGGAAUUGGAGAAUGAAAAAAGAGAAGGUGGUUGGUAAGGCCGAGUUGAGUCUUGAUAAGGAGUUGCUUGAGAGAUUGAGAGGAGAGGCUGCAAAGAUGAGGACUUGGGUGAAGGUGAAGAAAGCUGGGGUGACACAGGGUGUAGUUGAUGAGAUAAGAUUGACUUGGAGAAAGAGUGAGCUUGUUAUGGUUAAAUUUUAUAUGCCUUUGUGUAGAAAUAUGAAUAGAGCAAGAGACAUUGUGGAGAUGAAGACAGGAGGCUUGGUUGUUUGGACCAGAAAAGAUACUCAUGUUGUUUACAGAGGAUGCAACUAUCAGUGGAAGAGAAAUAAUGUUGUCGCUACUGUUGACGAGAAUUUUCCUGGAAUGGGUGUAGGAGAGGAGUUCAAAUCAGCAGGCAUCUUAACGGAAGCAGAUUUGAAUACUCAACCAAUUAAUGGAUCACUGUUUGAGAGAGAAACUGAUAGAUUAUUAGAUGGCUUAGGACCUCGUUUUGUUGACUGGUGGAUGCGAAAGCCAUUGCCAGUAGAUGCAGAUUUGCUUCCCGAAGUAGUGAAAGGAUUCAGGCCACCAUCAAGGCUUUGCCCUCCAUGCACUAGAUCAAAGUUGAAAGAUGAUGAACUGACAUACUUUAGAAAGCUUGCUCAAUCCCUACCUACUCAUUUUGUCCUUGGGAGGAAUAGAAGACUUCAAGGCCUAGCUGCUUCCAUCUUAAAAUUGUGGGAAAAGACUAUCAUAGCUAAAAUUGCUGUGAAGUGGGGAGUUCCGAAUACUAACAAUGAGCAAAUGGCAGAUGAGCUCAAGAGUCUCACUGGAGGAGUUCUGCUACUUCGGAAUAAGUUUUUUAUAAUACUUUAUAGAGGUAAAGACUUUCUUCCGGGCCAAGUUGCAAAUGUAAUUGUGGACAGAGAAAUUGCAAUCAGAAAAUGCCAAACCAAUGAAGAAGGUGCACGGAUGAAAGCAAUUGAAAAUUUUUAUAUGGCUGGUGAGCCAUUGAACACAAGCAGAAGCGGAACUUUAUAUGAAUUCCAGGACAUCCAAAUCAAAUUUCAGAAGAUGGCAAAAGUAAAAGCGGAUUCUGAAAUUCAAUUAGAAGCUGAGAAGGAAAAAUUAGAGCGGGAAUUGAGAAAAGAAGCGCACAGGCUUUUCAUGCUUAAAAGUAAGAUAGAGAAGCCAGCGAUGGACUUAUUGAAGUUGAAUUCUGCAUGGGUACCUACUGAGCGGGAUGCAGACCAAGGAAUAAUGACAGAAGAGGAAAGAGAAUGCUUCCGGAAGAUAGGACUGAAGAUACGUGGUAGCUUAGUGCUUGGGAGGCGUGGGGUCUUUGAGGGUGUUAUGGAAGGUUUGCAUCAGCACUGGAAGCACAGAGAAGUGGUGAAGGUGAUCACAAUGCAGAGAGUUUUUGCCCAGGUCAUUCAUACUGCAAAAUUGCUUGAAGCAGAAAGUGAUGGGAUCCUAGUUUCAGUGGACAAGCUAAAAGAAGGUCAUGCUAUAAUUAUUUACCGUGGAAAAAAUUACAAACGCCCACAAAGGCUUCUCAAAAGGAAUCUUUUAACUAAAAGAGAAGCACUGAAGAGAUCUCUUCUAAUUCAGAGAGUUGGGCCUGACUUUCUUCUUCCCUCUUCUUUUGCUGGUUCUUCUCUCUCUCUCUCUCGGGGGUGGAUUGGUGGUGGGUCUCAGUCAUUGAAGUAUUUUGCAAAUCAGAGAGAGCAUGCAAUCUCAGAUUUGAAACUCAAGCUGGCAGAGCUUCAAGAAUCCAAGGAAAAGUAUCUUAAAAGUGGUGUGCAUUUAUUGAUGGCAUCAUCUGUUGGCAAGUUUGCCUUCACUGAAGCAUAUGCUAUAUCCUCAGUAAAUGCUAAGAGGCAGUUUAACCAAUGA